GGCUGGCUCAGUCAGGCUGGAUCAAAUCAGUGUGUGAGGUGGUGUGAAGGAGGUUGGGUGUGCCAACAGGGUAGCCCGGGUGUGACGCGCAACUCUGCCGCAGACAACAGCUAUACAUUUCCCGCCGCGCAUCAACAACACCGCCACAUUGUACAUACAUCCUCACAACCAGGCUGAGGUGGUGGUGUAUGUGUGUGGUGGCGUUAAACUAUUCAUCACAUAACUAGGUGUGCGAGGUGUUAGUGUGGGCGGCAGGUGUAGCAGGAGACGAUGCUUGGCGAGCUUGUGUGUUUGGCUGUGGUGACCUGGGUGAUCUUGUGGUCCCUAAAACCUCCUGCACAGCUCCUGGGGGUCUACAGCCGCCCUGGACUAUGGUUCUGCCCCAAGGUCCUCCUCUUCUACCUCCUCGUCAAGCUACGUCGCUGGAGAGGAGGUGGAGGUGAGGAAGGUGCGUCCGGGAAGGGGGAUGCCGGCUAUGGCGUCAAGUCUCGCCCCACCACGGAGAUGAUGGAGUGCGUCCAGCCCCUCUCUCAACACCCUAAGGCCAUCGAUGCUGUGUACUUCAAUGCAGGCAGUGAGAAUGGCCACUAUCUCGUAGCUGCCACCGCCCGCCGACCUAAAGGGGUUAUUAAUGGUGUUCUCUACAUCAGGAUCCCGAGUUUGGGGCUACUACAGCUGCCCAAGAUGCCCGACACAUUAAUGUUUGGUAAUGGGGAGCACUACGCUGCUGAGGGCCUCCGCAUCACCCCACUGUCACCCAUGGCUGCCUGGAGGAUACAGUACAAUGGGCCCAUGAAAUUAAGAGGAGAACCACUCUCAAGGCGCCAGGUGGAGGUGGACGUCCAGUGGACCAGCAGUCAGCCAUAUUUCGACUUCGACACUGAUAUGGAUGCGUGGGCCCUGGCACGGAGUAUCGCACGGGAACCCUGGUCUAAAGAGUACUUUCAGGCCCUCAAAGAAGCUCACCAGACACACUACGAGCAGAUGGGGAGGAUAGAGGGGACAGUGGUGGUUGAUGACCAUCCUUAUAUACUCAGGCUAGACUCCAUGAGGGAUCACAGCUAUGGAUACAAGCGGGAGUGGAAGCUGAUGCAUCGGUACGGCCUGCAUAUGUUCACAACAGAGGAUGGCCUGCAGGGCAAUGUGGGUGUCGUCUGCCAACCUGUGACAUGUACCCAGCUGGAGAUGGGGUAUGUGUGUGAUGGCGGGAAGGUGAUACCAGUGUCAUCCGUGGACCUUCCACUCUGGCAACAUGGCGAGAAUGGUCACCCACCCACUGACUAUGCCUUUUUCUUCGUUGCAGGCAGGAAGGAGUACCUAGUGGAGGUCUCAGUGGUGGAGGCUCCUGAGUUUUACAUUGGCUGGGAGUGGGAGACCAGAAUAGUGGAGCGAAUGGUCACUUUCAGGAUAAAUGGGAGGAAAGGUUGGGGUAUAGCGGAGUGGAACUACAGACAUCAUGGAGGUCGCCCACAUAUAUACAGUACUCAUGAUCCUGUGUGGACUGCUGACCUCGUGAAAGAAGCAGAAGAAGACAGACAGCUAGUCACAUCUGAGAAUGACCCCCGUUGUGUGGUACAUUACCCCAAUCUGAAGGGAGCAGGUGACUCUCGAAUAAUCCUCCUCAGUGAUAAAAGUUACAAAAAACUUAUUGAGUGUAAGAAAAUGAGAACACAGUUAGGAGGAGAAGACCAUCAUGCUCAACAGUGUGAGUGUAUUCCACCACUGAGCUAUGACCCUAAAAGAGAUGGCUACCACAGACCUUGUUAUAUGGAAUUCAUAAAAUUUAGAACAACCAAGAAAUCUAAUUCGGGGAACAACAAUGAUCUGCUACUUUCUCAACCCUGGGUGAAAUCUGACCAAGAGAACAACAAUGAUCUGCUACUUCCUGAAACCCAGGUGAAAUCUGACCAAGAGAACAACAAUCAUCUGCUACUUCCUGAAGCACGGGUGAAAUCUGCAGAAAUAAACCAGAAUAACAAGACACGACCUGAGGCCAAAUCCCCACCUGUCCAAGAACAUAAUAUUGAGAAGUUAAAUUCUAAAGCUCGGUCUGUAGUAACCAAGGAAAAUACAAUUAAGAAAUUAGAUUCAAAAGCUCAACAUUCUACACUGCCCAAGGAAAAUACAAUUAAGAAAUUAGAUUCAAAAGCUCAACAUUCUCCACUGCCCAAGGAAAAUACAAUUAAGAAGUUAGAUUCAAAAGCUCAACAAUCUCUACUGCCCAAGAAAAAUACAAUUAAGUUAAAUUCAAAAGCUCAAUGUACAAUAGCUAAGAAAAAUUACAUUGAAAAAUUAGAUAAUGAAAGCCAAUUGCAAUAUGUCCCCCAAAAUACCAUUAAAAAGUGGAAGCCAAAAUUCCAAUCUCCAUUUGUCCAAGAAAAUCAUAUUAAAAAGUUGAAUUCUAAAUCACAAAAGCCAAUUAUUCAAGAAAAUUAUAUUAAAAAGUUAGAAUCUGAAGUUGAACCUUUCUCCUGCCGAGUAAGUGACAACGAAGAUUUGAACCUACAAUCUGAGACCAUCCCUGACCAAGGAAAUUAUCACCAAGAGUCAGAUGAUAAGCCUCAGUUUAAUUUAGUCAGGAAAAAUGGGUAUGGGAGGUCAAACCCUCACUCCCAAUCAGUGUGGAGCCAAGAUGAUUAUGAAGAUUCAGUUCAUCCAUCCCAAUCAGCCCAGGGUCUCCAGGGUAAUGAUUACAAAGAAACAAAUCCUCAUUCCCAAUCAGCAGGUGGCCAGGAAGACUCAGUUACUAAAACCCAAUCAGUACUGCAUCAAAAUGAUGAUUAUGAAGAGUUAGAUCACCAAACCCAACCAGUCUUUGGCCAACCUAAUGAUUAUGAAAAGUCAGUCACUCAAGCCCAAUCAUUAUGGGCCAAAGACGAUGAUUAUGAAGAACUCAACACUCAAUUCCAAUCACCAGGUGGCCAAAAUAAUGAUUAUGAAGAGUCAAUCCCUCAAUCACAAUCACCAGGUGGUCAGGAUAAUGAUUAUGACGAGUCAAUCCCUCAAUCACAAUCACCAGGCGGCCAGAAUAAUGAUUACGAAGAUCCAAUCAUUCAAACCCAAUCACCAGGUGGCCAGGAUAAUGAUUAUGAAGAGUCAGCCCCUCAAUCCCAAUCACCAGGUGGCCAGAAUAUUGAUUAUGAAGAGUCAAUCCCUCAAUCACAAUCACCAGGUGGCCAAGAUAAUGAUUAUGAAGAGUCAGCCCCUCAAUCCCAAUCACCAGGUGGCCAGAAUAGUGAUUAUGAAGAUCCAAUCAUUCAAACCCAAUCACCAGGUGGCCAAGAUAAUGAUUAUGAAGAGUCAGCCCUUCAAACUCAAUCACCAGGUGGCCAGGAUAAUGAUUAUGAAGAGUCAAUCCUCAAUUCCAAUCACCAGGUGGCCAAGAUAAUGAUUAUGAAAGAAUCAGUCCUUCAAACCCAAUCACCAGGUGGCCAAGAUAAUGAUUAUGAAGAGUCAGCCCCUCAAUCCCAAUCACCAGGUGGCCAGAAUAUUGAUUAUGAAGAGUCAGCCCCUCAAUCCCAAUCACCAGGUGGCCAGAAUAGUGAUUAUGAAGAUCCAAUCAUUCAAACCCAAUCACCAGGUGGCCAAGAUAAUGAUUAUGAAGAGUCAGUCCUUCAAACUCAAUCACCAGGUGGCCAGGAUAAUGAUUAUGAAGAUCCAAUCAUUCAAACCCAAUCACCAGGUGGCCAAGAUAAUGAUUAUGAAGAGUCAGUCCUUCAAACCCAAUCACCAGGUGGCCAAGAUAAUGAUUAUGAAGAGUCAAUCCCUCAAUCCCAAUCACCAGGUGGCCAAGAUAAUGAUUAUGAAGAGUCAGUCCUUCAAACCCAAUCACCAGGUGGCCAAGAUAAUGAUUAUGAAGAGUCAGUCCUUCAAACCCAAUCACCAGGUGGCCAGGAUAAUGAUUGUGAAGAGUCAAUCCCUCAAUUCCAAUCACCAGGUGGCCAAUAUAAUGAUUAUGAAGAGUCAGUCCUUCAAACCCAAUCACCAGGUGGCCAGGAUAAUGAUUAUGAAGAGUCAAUCCUUCAAUCCCAAUCGCCAGAUGGCCAAGAUAAUGAUUAUGGAGAGUCAAUCCUUCAAUCCCAAUCGCCAGGUGGCCAAGAUAAUGAUUACGAAGAUCCAAUCCCUCAAUCCCAAUCACCAGGUGGCCAGGAUAAUGAUUAUGGAGAGUCAAUCCUUCAAUCCCAAUCUCCAGGUGGCCGGGAUAAUGAUUAUGGAGAGUCAAUCCUUCAAUCCCAAUCGCCAGGUGGCCAGAAUAAUGAUUUCGAAGAUCCAAUCAUUCAAACCCAAUCACCAGGUGGCCAAGAUAAUGAUUAUGAAGAGUCAUUUCCUCAAACCCAAUCAGUGUGUGCCAAAGAUAAUGAUUAUGACGAUUUAGAGACCCAAUCAAUCUGGGGACCAGAUGAUAUUUAUGAAGAUCCAAUCAUUCAAACUCAAUCACCAGGUGGCCAGGAUAUUGAUUAUGAAGAGUCCGUCCCUCAAAUCCAAUCAGCAAGGGACCAAGAUGAUUAUGAGGAUUUUGAUACUCAUGCCCAAUCAAUUUGGAGACAAAAUGGUGAUGAAAACACACAUACCCAAUCCGAAUCAAUACAGGACCAAAAUAAAAAUUAUGAGGAUUUAGACAGUCAAAUCCAAUCAGUCUGGAGCCAAGGUAAAGAUUAUGAAGAAUCCAAGUUUGAAGUUCAUUCUAUAUCCGAUAAAAGUGAAAAGGCGACAGAGUCUCAGAACUAUUCCAUAAAUGACAAUGAACAUAAUAAUGACGAGUCACUCCCUAAUUCUCAAUCAAAACUUAACAAUGAUCAUAAUGAGUCACUCCCUCACUCCCAAUCAAAACUUGACAAUGAACAUAAUAAUGACGAGUCACUCCCUCAUUCUCAAUCAAAACUUAACAAUGAUCAUAAUGAGUCACUCCCUCACUCCCAAUCAAAACUUGACAAUGAACAUAAUAAUGACGAGUCACUCCCUCAUUCUCAAUCAAAACUUAACAAUGAUCAUAAUGAGUCACUCCCUCACUCCCGAUCAAAACUUGACAAUGAACACAAUAAUGACGAGUCACUCCCUCAUUUUCAAUCAAAACUUGAACUUAAUACUAUAAUGACAAAUCCCGAAGAAAAUGAUUAUGAUGAGGUACAUGUAAAGCCUCAGUCUAACUUUGAAAGCAGUGAUGAAGACUCGGAGGCUCUUUCACAGUCACCAAGUAAUCCAGUGCAGAAAAAUGAAAAAGCAAAUAUCCAUUGUCAAUCUAUACUUGUACAUGAAAUGGAUAAUGAAUCACACAUUCAACCUAAAACCGAAAAUCACAUAAAAAAUGACGAUGAAGAAUCUGAAAAUGAAUCCCAAUGUGACAGUGGCGAAGAAAGUGAUGCAGAAGAGUCUAGCAAUAUAUCUCCAUGUGAUGCAGAAACCAAAAGCAGAAUAUCAGGUCGUCAGACCCAAUCCACACUUGACUCUGAACAGGACAAUGAAUCAAACACCCAAGAAUAUGACAGUGAAGAGGUGGAUGCUGAAUCACAUUAUGAAGACAACAGUGAAGAAGAAACAGAAUCUCAGUCACUGUCGGUACACAACCUUAAAACCAGCAGUGAAAAUCCAGACUUAGAUUAUUGGGGUAUUUUACUUCAAGAUAAGAGUGAUAAUGAGUCCAGUGUACAUGACCAAUCCAUAAUCAACCAAGAAAGUGACAUUGAAGAAUCAGAUAAUGAGUCUCAAUCAGAAUAUAACCAAGAAAGUGAUAAAGAAUGUGAUCUUGUAUCCCAAACUAUAAGUAAUUCAAAGGUCAGAACCAGAAAGUCAGAUCCAGAGAGCCAAUCUAUAUUUCACCAAGAGAAUGGUGACGCAGAUACACUUCCUCAGACCAACAUCAAUUGUCACAGAGAAAAUAACCUUGGAGUGUCAGACCCCGAAUCUCAAUCUACAUUUGAUCACGAAGACGAAAAUGAGGAGGAAAGUAAGAGUGAGGAGGGCGAUGAAGGUGAGGAGGAAAAUGAAAAUGAGGGUGAGGAGGAAAGUGACGAGGAAAAUGAGGGUGAGGAGGAAAUUGAUGGCGAGGAAACAGAUUCAUCAAGCAGUGAGUAAAGCCUAAUGUAUACUGUGUGUCAUUCAUUGGCUUACACUAUACUGUCCAAUUGUAAUCUGCUGGAAUACAAAGAACACUAAAACUCAAGGUUAUUACUUUGUCUUUAUGAAAUGAAAGAAAAUAGAAAAUUUACACGAAGUUGAUAUAUUUUAAAUGAGGCUCAAAGUGUGCAGCAAUUAUUUCCAAUUUACAUUAUUUUAUUAUGGCAGUGUUAUUAGGUACCUACUUCAAGAGAGCUUUCAGAACUGUCAACUACACCGAAAGCUCAGUAUUUGUUCGACUUGUCAUUUUUAAAUUCCUGAGAAAUAAAGAAAAGAUAAACUA